CUGAUAAUAAAUAUCUGUAAAUGGUAAAUAUAAACCUUAAUGUGCUCUCUAAAGUCCUGAAUGUCUCUCUAUCUGUGACCUCGUUUGCCUUGGGAAUAAUCAGGAUGAUCUUUCCAUCAUUCUUUGAUGCAAGCGACUUGAUGAACUACAUACUAUCCGCCUAUUUCAUAAUAUUCGGCAUUUUCUUAUUCAUUGCAAGUGUCUAUAUCACCCUGCUGAUCAAUUGGUUCGGAUUUUUUGAAACUUACUUUGGAAGGGGUCUAUUCCAUUUCUUCAUGGCAUCACUUGCCUUCAGCGGAUGGGCAAAUUGGGCCAUGAUUAUUAUUGGAAGUGUCUUCAUCUUGGCUGGCGUUGUCCAUAUGAUCCUGAGCGUCACAGUCUCUGGUAGCCCAUAUAGUUCGACAAUGGACAGCAAGAAUGAGGGCAUGAUAUAAUCAAACUUCAACAAUAUUUCUUCCAAAGAAAAAGCCUAUGAUUU